AUGCCUCAGUGUGUACUUUUUGUUUGUCCCAAACGAGGUUACUUUGGGAGGGAAAAGAGGGAGAGAGGGGAGUAUCUUGCCAUGAAAAACUGUGGGGACAGCUUUUAUGAGAGAGGAAAAAGGAGCAUGCGAGGGGGGGAAGAGGAAGAAAGAAGAGAGUUACUUGCUUGCUUGCUUCCAAUUUCACGGUUUUACCCUUUCUUUGUUUGUCCCUGCCACGAAAAUUCUUUGUUCCGCGGGUGCAAAGUCUGCAAGAGAGAUUAUGAUUAA